AUGGCUAACCCAAGUAGCAGAUCUACACCGACAAUGUCCACAGACUCCUUGGAGCAGAAGGGACAAAAUAUUACUGAAUCAAAUGCAAGCAUAAUUCAGUGUCCUUUAAGCCAGCAACACCGUAGCUCUUUAGAUGGCCCAGUUUCUAUCCUUUGGGAUAUUGAAAAUUGUCCUGUUCCGAGUGAUGUACGCCCAGAAGAUGUAGCUAGUAAUAUAAGAAUGGCUCUGCAAGUGCAUCCGGUAAUUAAAGGAGUUGUUAUGAUGUUUUCUGCUUACGGGGAUUUCAACGCUUUCCCCAGGCGACUUAGAGAGGGCUGUCAGAGAACUGGUGUUAAACCCAUUGAUGUUCCCAAUAUGAGAAAAGAUGCGGCUGACAAAGCGAUCUUGGUUGACAUGUUCUUGUUUGCUCUUGACAAUCCUCCACCGUCCUCUAUCGUGCUAAUCUCCGGAGAUGUUGAUUUUGCUCAAGCGCUCCACAUUCUUGGUCAACGGGGAUACACUGUAAUUCUUGUCAUCCCUGCUGGGGUUGGUGUUUCAUCUGCCCUAUGCAAUGCUGGUAAAUUUGUUUGGGACUGGCCUGUUGUAGCUCGUGGAGAAGGUUUUGUCCCUCCCUCAAAGUUGUUGGCGCAACCACGCAGAAGUUCAGUUGAGCUUGCUGGAUAUGUGAUGGGAUGCCAUAUCAAUGAUAGCUUGAAUGGACAAAAUGAAGAGGAAGCAAUAGUUUAUAGAGGGAUGUCACAGAGCUAUUAUAACUCAAGAGAGUUUUCGCUGGUAUCACAAUCUCUGUCUGAAUAUAACCCACUAAACAUGUCUUGCUUGCCAACGUCUAUGAGAUCAUACAGCCUUCCAACUGGGUUGAAUGAUGUUGCUGGAGGACCAAUGCCUUCUAGCGACAAUACUGAUUGCCAGACAUGGGUACAACCUGGAGAUUUAAAUGGUCUCAAGGGUCAGUUAAUAAGGUUGCUCGAACUAUCUGGCGGAUGCCUUCCCCUUGUCCGAGUUCCAGUAGAGUACCAGAAACUUUACGGUACAAUAGCAGUUCAUCAACAACAACAAAAGCAAUAUUCCCACUGCAUCGUAUUUUCUGGCGCCACCGGCACCACUCAGCUUCCCUUCUCGGCAACAAGAAAACCAGAUUGCGGUCCUACCUAUUCAACAUGGCGGUAA